AAACAUUGUGAGAGGGCGGGGAGUGGACUGGGUAAAGUAACUGUUGGGUUGGUGUUGUUACGGGUGGCUUUUUUCAGAGUUUUUGUUUUACAUUAACAUCGUCGACUCACUGACUAUUCUCCUCAUUGGGAAGGAAUGGAUCUAGAAAACAAAGUAAAAAAGAUGACCCUGGGGCAUGAACAAGGAGCAGGGGCCCCAUGUCUGAAGUGCAAGGAUAAAUGUGAAGGAUUUGAGCUCCAUUUUUGGAGGAAGAUCUGUCGUAAUUGUAAGUGUGGUCAGGAAGAGCAUGAUGUCCUUAUCACUACUGAAGAAGACAAGAAAGUGGGCAAACUUUUUGAAGAUACAAAAUACACUAGUCUCAUUGCAAAACUUAAAACUGAUGGAGUCCCUGUCUACAAGCGCAAUAUGGUAACUCUUACUAAUCCAGUAGCAGCCAAGAAGGAUGUAGCCUUUAACACCAUUACAUAUGAGUGGGCCCCACCGGUCCAAAAUCAGGCAUUGGCUGUGCGAUAUAUGGAGCUGCUACCAAAGGAGAAACAACCAGUGGCUGGCUCGGAAGGAGCUCAGUAUCGAAAGAAGCAGUUGGUUAAGCAGCUGCCUGCUCAUGAUCAAGAUCCUGCAAAGUGCCACGAGUUGUCUGCUAAUGAGGUGAAGCAGAUGGAGCAGUUUGUGAAGAAGUACAAGAAUGAGGCUCUUGGGGUUGGUGAUAUCAAGCUCCCUGAUGAGAUGGAAGCACAAUCUAAAGAACGAAGCAAAAAUGAUGCUGGUGAAAGAAGUACGACAGCUGCGGUUGGGUCAGUGGCUGGACAACCUGAUGCAAAUUAUGCAUGCUUCCGUUGCAAGUUGGACAUGAAGAAGGGUGACCCAGCUGUGUAUGCAGAGCGUGCUGGCUAUGACAAGCUGUGGCAUCCUGCUUGUUUUGUCUGCUGCGUCUGCAGUGAACUACUCGUGGAUAUGAUCUACUUUUGGAAGAAGGGAAAACUGUACUGUGGUCGUCACUACUGUGACACUGAAAAGCCACGCUGUGCUGGCUGUGAUGAGCUAAUAUUCAGCAAUGAGUAUACCCAGGCUGAAGGCCAGAACUGGCACUUGAAGCACUUCUGCUGUUUUGAAUGUGACUGUGUCCUUGCAGGAGAAAUUUAUGUGAUGGUGAACGAGAAACCCAUCUGCAAACCUUGCUAUGUGAAGUUUCAUGCUGUGGUGUGCCAGGGCUGUCAUAAUGUCAUUGAUCCAGAGGCUCAGCGUGUUACAUAUGGGAACUACAACUGGCAUGCCAUUGCUGAAUGCUUCCUGUGCUCCUGCUGUGGCAAAUGCCUGAUUGGCCAGAAAUUCAUGCCAGUGGAAGGAAUGUUGUUCUGUUCAGUGGACUGCAAGAAGAAGUUGAUGUCCUGAAGAGGCAAGAUUAAUGGCAGCUAAACUAAAUGCUGAGUGUGGCAUUUUGGUUGUAUCAUCUAAAUUCUGGUACUGGUGGGUUGUGAAUUGAGGAAUUGCUCUGAUUUCAAAACAUAGGAAUAUGCUAAUGAAAGUAGUAAGUGUUGCAUGAUUGUAACUAAGGAAUUUGUUAAUGCAUAUGCAUGUUGGUGAAAUCACCUUUUUGAAAAACCAUUUGUAUUUUAUGCAGCUGUAUACUCUGAAGAUCAAAGCUGGAAACUUCAUUUACAAAAAUGUAAGACAUGGUGUUCCUUUUCAAUACAAAGUAGAUGCACAUUCAGACAAAGUACCUUUUUUUGUAUUUCCUUUCACUUAAAUAAAAGUUCAAUUAAUCU